AUGUCGUCAAGGUCGAGUAUACACUCUUCAGUUACAUCCAUAUCCGAUGAAGUAGAUUCGCUUGAAUCACAUCAAUUCCAGCCAGCAAGGUCUAUGGAUAAUAUCAGACCAAUAACACCCAAUUCAACCGGUUCAACCGGUUCACUACAGUCAAAAGCACCAUCCCUAGCAAAGACAAUUUCUAAAAGGUUUAACGAAUUGAAGGAAGCUGUUAGGGAUGACAAUCAACAGACUGAUGAUAAAUACGAAAAUUUAGAAGAUAUAUUAGUAUCUAGAUUUGAUGUAGGUGAUGCCAUUAGAUUACGCGAGAAUGAAAGAGAACUACAAAACGAAGCGCUCGAUUCAAAUGAGCCUUCUAGUGAAUUUCCUUCUACUAAAGAAGAACCACAAACAGACUCGGAUUUAGAAAAGACUUCUAAUGACUUGUCUCAGUUAGGUGAAACUAUUAAGAAAGUCUACACUAAUAUUUCAACAGGUAAAGUAGAAUUGCCCCCUGACAAAGGCUAUGCGUGGGUCGUCGUAUUCUCGGUAUGGCUCGUCAUGUUCAAUACCUGGGGUUGUAAUUCAGCCUUCGGUAUCUUCUUAUCUCACUAUCUUUCUUCAGACACUUAUCCUGGAGCAAGUAAGUAUGAUUAUGCUUUAAUUGCGGGUUUAACUGCAGCUUUAGGCCAAGGUUUGGCCCCAAUAGCAAUGUACUUCGUAAGAAUUUUCGGAAUGAAGCCAGUUAUGGGAGUAGGUACGAUCUUCCUAUUAGCUGGUUUCCUCUUGGCAUCUUUCAAUAAUAAACUAUGGCAACUAUAUUGCUGUCAAGGUCUAUUGGUAGGAGCUUCCAUUGCAUUCUUAUUUACCCCUGCAACUACAGUUUUACCUGGUUGGUUUUUGAAAAAAAGAGCUCUAGCAACUGGUAUUUCUUUGUUUGGUACAGGCGCUGGUGGUGUCACAUAUGCAUUAUCUUCAAACAAACUGAUUCAACAAUAUGGUAACACAGACUGGUGUUUCCGUAUGUUAGCUAUUUGUACUACUACAUGUGCAAUUAUCGCAACAAUUUUGAUUAGACAACGUAAACCAGUGAAACCUGUAGGCCUUUCUAAAACUGCCAUGAUUGAUGAAUUCAAAUAUCUUUUCCAGUGGAGAGUCAUGAAACAGCCUAUGGUUAUACUCAUCGCAUUAUGGUUCGCUCUAGCUCUGUUUGCAUAUAAUUUAAUGAUUUUUACUUUGUCAUCAUAUGCCAGAGCUCGUGGAUUAUCUGCUCAUCAAGCUACUUCUUUGACAGCCAUUUUGAAUGGUUCUCAAGCUCUGGGUAGACCAAUUAUGGGUCUGUCAGGUGACAGGUUAGGAAGAACAAACGUUACAAUUGUUCUCACCUGUCUUCUAACCAUUUAUAUGUUUGCAUUUUGGAUUCCAGCAUCUACCUACGUCCAAUUGAUUUUCUUCUCCAUCCUAGUCGGUGUAUGUGUUGGUGUUGCUAACGUUAUGAGUACCGUUUUAACCGCAGAUUUGGUUCCACAGGAUGAUUUCCUUGCUGCUUGGUGUUUCGUCAACUACUUUUGCGCACCGCUAUUAUUAGUCUGUGAAGUCAUUGCACAAGCUUUAACCACUAAUGACAAACACAAUCCAUAUUUACACACACAAAUAUUUGCUGGUUGUUGUUUUUUCGGUGCCCUUUUACUAGUCAUGGCCCUUAGGGAACGUGCUGUGUAUACGAAACUAUCAGCACGUCAAAAGGCUACUCUCGAGAGGUUGUCUGAUAGAAAUGAUUCUGAUUCCAUUGAAGAAGACGAAGAAAUAGAUUGGGACCUAUUAGAGAAAAGGAAACUGAAAUAUGACUUUUUGUUGGGUGCAGGUGUUCAAAGAUAUUUUGCCAGGUUAUGCUACCCUAUGAAAGUCUAA